AUGCAGAGGCAUAAAACUCGUGUAACGGAGACCAUCCAGGGGCCCCCAAGCUCUCGAUCUGUGCUCAUGGCUGGGGCCCAAACUGUUCUCGAAGCAACCGCUUCACGCAUUCGGCAUGAGGUGAACUGGUUCGAUGGUGAUUUGCUGGAUGAGAAGCUUCUUUUGCUCCAACAAGUGGAGCAUCUUGAUGCCUCUUUGUCGCUACUGGAAAGAUUGCUGCCAGCGGGGGCGGAUACCGAUGUCAAGGUGCUGUCACCUGAGGAACUUUGUGAGGCCUGUGGCCACAUGAGAAUGGCCAUACACACGAUGCUUGCCCUUGCACCCAAGUUUAGAGAAUCAACCCAUCACAACCUGGUCAGACAAUUCGGCUCUGGUUCCUGUAGCAUAUUUGACUUCUGCUCAAAGCGCCGCGCUGCAGUUGAGCUACCUCCACAGAAGCGAAGGAGCCGCCUCCGCGUGCAGCUUGACAAGCUGGAAAAACAGCAUGAGGCGUGCCUGCUUGACUUGCUUCUUUCAUUUGAACAUUUGAUAACACUGGCAGUGAUACCUCCACCAGAUGCACCAUCGCGCUGUGCUGAAGGCAGUCGAUACGUAUUGGCCGGUCAGGCCAAACUACAUGAGUCGCAUGCAAUGCUUCGCCAGCUUCUGGUAGAGGAGGACGAUGUCUUACUCCCUAUUCUCGAGUGGCAAUUGGGUGCAGCGACGUCAGAUUUGGCAGUCGCCCGUGCAGUGCUAAACCGCCUUCCAAGGCCAUCCACAAGCUGGACAAGGAAUAAAAUCAAAAACCACUCACCUGCUCCAGCUACGGUUGGAAUCCGGUGUGAGAGCAAAGCAAGCAUUGUUCAUUGUCAUUCUCCAGGGGAACCGAGCAUAAGAUUCGAUGACCACAACCUACGCACUUCUCCCACAGAGCCUAGUCCCCAUGAAAUACGCACUCCCGUUUUGGCGGCAAACCGCUGCUUCGAGAAAGACUACUGCAUGGCCGACAGCUCGCAGAAUCCAUCCUCCUCUGCUACCCCCUUUAACAAGCCUUGCGACAGUAUGCUGCAGACAGAUGGCUUCUGUGACUGCAACAAUGGCAUCUCAAGCAUGCGCAAUUGCACCUCUCUUCCUGACCUUGGUGCCCUAGGGCCGUGCAGCGCAUGCUGCUCAAAGGAUGGAGACAGACAACAUCAAGACCAAGCUGCUAAACGGUACAGAUGGAAUGCAUUAGAAUGCCAGACUGGAAGGGGUGUAUCCCUCAGCCCCUACGAACCCACUGCAGCAUGCUACACUUCGUGGAAUUCAAGGGUUGGCAAUGCCUGCUGCCAAAGAUAG